AUGGCCUUGCUCUCGGCUGUGUUUCUACAUCGUCUUGUUAAACCGCUCAUAGUACUCCAGCUACCUACCACUAGCUCUCGCAACCCCCUUUCCACUCUUUUUACUUUCACUCAUUACACCCAUGCUCUUCGGUCGCCUUGCCAUUGCUGCCAUCUCUGCUGGUGCUGCAUUCGCCGCUCCGCUCAGUGGUUCGAUCCCAAAGUCGGCGAUGUGGCUGCUCCUGCUGACAUCCCUGCCGGUGUUCCCGGUGUUCCUGCCGUGCCCGCUUCUCCUGUCGGUAUUCCUGCCAAUGUUCCCGCUGGCGUCCCAGUGCGCCGCCUUCGUCGUGGGCUCCCCGACUUCAGCCCAGCAGCAAUCACUGAUUCCAUCCCUGCGGUUGUUCCCGCUGGUCUCUCUGAUCUAUCCCUGCCUCUGUCCUUCUAUGAUGCUCAGUCCCUCAUGGCUGAAAUCGAAAAAUUCAACCUUGCGUCGGCGACAGAUGCUAUUAAGCCAGUGCAAUUAGCUGACGGCAUUGCCAAACUCAAGAGCUCCAUUGAAUCCGUCACGACCAGCAUAUCUACAAUCACCAAGGACAGUCUCUCUAAGCUGGACCUUGAUCGUUGCUUGCAGCCCCUCGUAAAACUGGGAGGAGAGCUCCAGAACUUGAAGUCAAUGGCCAUGUUGACCGAUGAAAUUACUGGCCUCCGUCACAUUGUGGCUUCCUUGGCUCAUAGCGUGAAGCCAUACUCCGAUGACGAUAAAACUCUCAACUAUCUUCUUGGCUCCUUCCUAAUUUAA